GGGAGCAGUGUGCCGAGUCCUAGAGCUAAAGCCGGGACGUGAGUCAGUCACCUUGAGCCGGGCGAGCGCUGUGGUCUGAGCAGGGGCAGCCGGGGCAGUGGGAGUACAGACUGAAAAAAAAUGCAGACCACCGGGGCACUACUCAUUUCUCCUGCUCUGAUCCGUUCUUGUACCAGGGGUCUGAUUAGGCCUGUGUCUGCCUCCUUCCUGAGUAGGCCAGAGAUCCCAUCUGUACAGCCUUCCUACAGCAGUGGCCCACUGCAGGUGGCUCGGCGGGAAUUCCAGACCAGUGUUGUCUCCCGGGACAUUGACACAGCGGCCAAGUUUAUUGGCGCUGGGGCUGCCACAGUUGGUGUGGCGGGUUCAGGGGCUGGUAUUGGAACAGUGUUUGGCAGCUUGAUCAUUGGCUAUGCCAGGAACCCGUCUCUGAAGCAGCAGCUCUUCUCCUAUGCCAUUCUGGGCUUUGCCUUGUCUGAGGCUAUGGGGCUCUUCUGUUUGAUGGUCGCCUUCCUCAUCCUCUUCGCCAUGUGAGGCUCCGUGGAAGUCACCUACCCACCCCUGCUGCUUCGACUCCAGGCCAUGCCCGGUGCUGGAGUGUGCUAACCUUUACCAUUAAACACAAUGUUUCUCUAAACUCA